AUGUCAAUGUUCACCAUGUCCCAACAUCACCCGUACGCCUAUCCGGCAGCCGCUCCCGCUCCCAGAGCAUACUCUGGCCACGGUACCAGCAGCGCCUUUAGCAGCUCCGCCAACCCUGAUGAAGACUGGACCAAGAUCUCCGACCUUGCUGAGCGCAGGAGGAUCCAGAACCGCAUCGCUCAGCGCAACUACCGCAAGAAACUCAAGAGACGCCUCGAGGACCUUGAAAGACGUGCUGGACAGGAAGGCACAUCCCCCACCGAGAAGCCUGCGGCACCCAAGAGCUCCAAAAGCAAGUCUGCGAGCAAGACUCAGAAGACGCCCUCGCCAACCAAGACCAUGAACCAGGGCCAAUUCACCCCUCCCAUGAAUAACGACGACGAAGUCUUCUUCGCACAAAAUCACUAUGAUGGCCGCGAGAGAUCCAUCACUCCUCCGUUCCUCGCAUAUUCGACCUACCCUCCAACCGAAGAGAUGAUCAUGGCUCCCGCAUACACUACACAACAGUACCCCAUGACAGCCGCCGAGUAUCCCACAUAUCUCGCAGCGGCGGUACCAGUGACAUUGCCGCCCAUGAAUCACUUCAACGACGCCAUCAAGCGCGAGUCUUACCACAGCGACGACGGUCUUUCCCCAUACAUGAAUUAUGCGUACAUGCCUGGCAUGGAGAUGAACACGCAAAGCUCCUACGACCCCACGAACCCUCAUACUCCUCCGCUCUCACACUCGUUCGACCACUCAGCCAACUGUUCCGAUGCCGGCUACGAGUAUCCCACAACACCACUGUCAAUGCCGGGAUCUCCUGGUCUGGUCCACCAAUAG